UCAUUCGUAUUCGUAUACCGUCACAGGAACAAGCCACGUCACUGAUACUACGUCUUCGACACGCUGUCGGAAAGUCUCGUCUAGUCCGUAAACGGAAACAUCCUCUUCAUUGGACGUUCCAGUACCUACUUACCUAUUUCAUGAGAUACCUUCUGACGACCUACAAAGUUCGUCAAACAAAAGCUUCUCUUGAUCCACGUGCGCUUCUUUAAUCCCCUUUUGCCUUUUAUAGCGAAAAGUUGUGCAAAUUAGAGCAGCAAGUGUGUGCUUAGAAGACUUGUUUUAAAGAAUUUUGAACGUGUUUGCUAAAGUUUGUUUGUGUGCUACUAGCGGGAAUCUGCCUUCGAUUAUUCGAAAUGGGUGUCAGUAACAAGAUGUCUGAGAAAAGUCCAGAGAUGAGAGCAACUGCAGCAAGAAUCUGUCGUGACUACUUGCAUGGAGUUUGGAAACACGUAACCGCAGACAAUAUUGUUGUUAAACGCAUAAGUGGAGGAUUGAGCAACUGGCUGUACAACGUGCAAUUGCCGGAAGGUGCAACUCCAACUCGUGGAGAACCUCGUCAAGUUUUGUUGCGAUUGUAUGGACAAAUUCAUGGAGAAAGAGCCCUGGAGGGUAUAAUUACGGAAUCGGUCAUUUUCACUCUUUUGUCAGAGAGGCGACUUGGACCCAAACUCCAUGGCAUCUUCCCGGGUGGCAGGAUUGAAGAAUACAUUCCGGCUCGUCCCCUCCUCACCAAGGAAUUGGCAGAUCCCACUUUGAGUUCGCUGAUAGCAGAAAAGAUGGCGAUGAUCCACAAAAUGCAGGUGCCAAUUAGCAAAGAGCCCUCGUGGAUGUGGGACACAAUGGCCAAAUGGCUCGACACUGCGACCAAUAUCUUGGAGAACAUUCAAGAUAUCGAUUCUGUCCAACUCGAGAAUGUCAAAGCCAUCAAGUCGAUUGACCUUGAACACGAAAUCUCGUGGUACAAAUCAUUGGUAACACAGCAGAAGCACCCAGUGGUGUUUUGUCACAACGACAUGCAGGAGGGUAACAUCCUCCUGCGUCAAAAUACCUCAAAACCAGAACUGGUACUCAUCGAUUUUGAGUACUGUUCGUACAACUACAGAGGCUUCGACGUCGCGAAUCACUUUUCAGAAUGGCAGUACGAUUAUACGGCAGCCGACUAUCCAUUUUUCCAUGAGAGGCCUGGAGGCGGUCCCACGAGAGAGCAAAAGCUCAAUUUCAUCAGAUGUUACCUGAGGACAAUAGGUAAAGAGGGCCAGGUUGAAGAAGAUAAAAUGAUGUCAGAAAUUAGACUUUUCUCAUUGGCUAGUAACCUAUUCUGGGGCUUGUGGAGUAUUGUUAACGCCAAAUUGUCACAAAUUCCAUUUGGAUAUUGGGAUUACGCGGCAUCGCGGCUAAGAAACUACCAGUACCUAAAGGAGAAGAUGAUCGCCUCAGGGCCAGAUGGAGGAAUUAAAAGAAAAGUUGCGGAUUUGGACUGAGUCACAUUGAAUUUGCUCUGAUUAGAACUCUCGACUCCAUGGGAAGGAGUCCUGGCACCAGUUGUUCCUUGAACCUGGAAUAGUCAGCAAGAUUAUUGAAGCAGAUGAUCUGGAAAUUGAAAUUCUGAAACCGAAACGAUGUGAUAUGACACUGUUAUAAUGAGACUUAAGCGACAACAAAUAUUCUGCACCAUCGGCGUCGUUAUAGAACAAAAAAAAAAAAAAA